CUGCCAAUUUAUUUUUACAUUAAAUGCACUGUUAGAUUAACCCUUGUGUGAUGUCUGGGUUGUGGGACCUAUUUUCAAUGUCUACUAAAAGAGAAAUUAUACAAUUAAUUAUUUUUUCAUCCUGAGACUCAUUGGCCUUAGCUCAUUUUCUGUGAAGAACAUGUAAAAUAACACACUGUGCACCCCCCUACACAUGUACAGUUGAAGUCGGAAGUUUAACAAUUGCAAAAGUGUUUUCUAAUGAUCAAUUAGCCUUUUAAAAUUCUAAUCUUGGAUUAGCUAACACAAUGUGCCAUUGGAACACAGGAGUGAUGGUUGCUGAUAAUGGGCCUCUGUACGCCUAUGUAGAUAUUAAAUAAAAAAUCUGCCGUUUCCAGCUACGAUAGUCAUUUACAACAUCAACAAUGUCUACACUGUAUUUCUGAUCAAUUUGAUGUCAUUUUAAUGGACAAAAUAAAUGCUUUUCUUUCAAAAACAAGGACAUUUCUAUGUGACCCCAAACUUUUGAACGGUAGUGUAUAUAUAUUUUUGUGUAUUUUUAAAAAAUUGUUUGACAUAAAAUGGGGUGGCAGGUAGCCUAGGGGUUAGAACAUUGGACGAAAAGUUGCACGAUCGAAUACCCGAGCUGACAAGGUAAAAAUCUAUCGUUCUGCCCCUGAACAAGGCAGUUACCCACUGUUCCUAGGCCGUCAUUGAAAAUAAGAAUUUGUUCUUAACUGACUUGCCUAGUUAAAUAAAGGUUACAUUUAAAAAAAAAAAAAAAAUACACCAUGCAAAUCAGCUCCAAGUGAUUUUAAUUUUGGAAAUCUGUUCCAAACUAUUCCCAUGCAUAAUAAAUAGAUAUACACUCAGUAAAUCAAACAUUAGGAAAACCUUCCUACUAUUGAGUUGCACAAUGUUGACUCCAAUGCUUCCGAACAGUUGUGUCAAGUUUACUUGGUCUCCUUUACAUUUUACAUAUUUCAGUUGAACAUUUCUCUAUAUUUCUUUGUCAUCGAGGACUUCAUUAUGCUCUACUUGUAACUUAUUUGUGCGCAACUUCAUGGAAUUACUUGAUUUACUGUUGUAGCAGAGAAGUGUGCCAGGAAUGAUGUGUGGGUCAGUGACGGCACGCGCCCCUCACUCAUUAGAAUAUCAAUGCACGAACGACAAGCAAUGGUGGCCCUUCCCCUCUAAAUCUCUCUCUCACACCAGCUCACACACACACUUUCGCGUGAAGCACUUUUUUUUCAAGUGGUGCUGCUUGAUAGAAAGUUUUGUUCUCAAUAAUCAGGAGACUUCAACAUCUCUUCGCACUUUAAAACCAUGAAUAAUGAGUCUACUCUGCGUAAAACGGCAAUGCACUCAGCAGGCUACCCAUAUGGUUAAGACUUGAUUGGUUGGAUAUUUUAUAGUAAUAUUUUAAAUUGACUGUAGUCCAAUAUCCAAUAGUAAUUGUUUGGGUUAUUAGAGUUAAUUUUAAUAAUACAGGAAAGACAUAUGAUCUGAAAGUGGUCAAAGAUCUUAAAGUGCAUGGUGUAAAGUAGCCUAGUCCUAUAACUCAACUACUUCUAGAUAGCACCUUUUUCCCCAAAAAGUGUAUAGGCUAUAAUGGCAAUAAGCACGACAGAUGCUGGAAACACCCCUGUUGAUGCCCCCUAAAUCAAUAUGCAUUAAGAAAGUUGUGUGCAGUUGGGAAGGACAGUUUGAGAAAACAAUAGUGUGUGGGGACACCGCACGGUAGAUCAUGUGCCAUUGAUUACCAUACAGCUGUUCACACAAAGGCAAAAACUCUAGCCUGCUGCAGGGUCCAGAGAGAGUGCCCCUCCCCCGUCUCAACCUCAACAAUAGACCCCCGAAUAUCCCCGAAGCGCGCAAUGGAAGGUCUCAUCCAUAACCUGCCCGCACGCGUCUGAGCAAUUACAAUUUUGUGACUGAAGAAAGGGCGGAUCAUGCUAUUCUUCCCUAUUUCCUUCAGAUCGAUAUUUACCACACAUUAAUUAAUACUGAACAAUGAAUUGAUACUGAACAAUACAUGUUCUUAUGACAAACUUUUGUGAAAACAACUUAUUUGGAACAGAAUUUAAAGGACUAAGAUUAGGUGAUAUCGAAUAGUAGCCUAGGUUAUAGCCACUCAUAACCCAAAUGUUUAUUAUCAUGUGAUGCUGUCUAACACUUAAUUUACCAUCAUUGUGCCGGUAGGCUAAAGUGCUUAAAUUAACAACUUUUUUUCUGUUACAUGUUUCCAGUAGGUAUAGAUACUGUAGAGCUGUUAGGCUGUGAAGCCUAUUCAUUAUACUGGUUGAAAAUCGUAUGCUUUUGUAGGCCUAUAUUAUUAUUUGUCUGAUUGAAGUUGAAUAAUUAAAUAUGUAGGCCUAAAAAUUCAGUUUUCGAUGCUUGUGUCACACAUUUCCUAGCUCGACUCCAAAAUCGUGGACAUUUGGCUAGUUAGUUGUAUUUAUGUUUUAUUUAUUUAUUUAACCUUUAUUUAACUAGGCAACUCACAUUCUACAUUCUUAUUUACAAUGAUCGCCUAUCAAAAGGCAAAAGGCCUCCUGUGGGGACCGGGCUGGGAUUAAAAAAGAAAAACAAUAAUAUAAAUAUAUGACAAAACACACAUCACGACAAGAGACACAACACAACACUACAUAAAGAGACACCUAAGACAACAACAUAGGAAGGCAGAAACAAAUGACAACACAGCAUGGUAGCAACACAACAUGGUAGCAGCACAAAACAUGGUACAAACAUUAUUGGGCACAGACAACAGCACAACGAGCAAGAAGGUAGAGACAACAAUACAUCACACAAAGCAGCCACAACUGUCAGUAAGAGUGUCCAUGAUUGAGUCUUUGAACGAAGAGAUUGAAAUAAAACUGUCCCGUUUGAGUGUUUGUUGCAGCUGUAUAACUGUAUAAAAUGUGUAUUGUGCCAAUCACACUUCAAAUAUGAUUUUGCUCUAAGUAUAGGCCUUAUGUUAUUUUUGCUGAUAAAUUUAAUCAGCACCACAUCCACACACAUGAUCCGACGCUUCGUGGUUGUCCCUUGGGUCUUACCGUGCCCCGCCUCCUGACGCGUGACAGGGGCGCGCUUCAGGGGUAUAAAAUUCAUUCACUCUCAUUAACCACCAGAACCAAAACAAGUGAAGACCAGCACAUAGGGAAGAGCGAGGACUGCUAUACCUUUUCAUACUAAUUUUAUGGUGUGACUGCAAGGAUUUUUUUCUAUCCGGGUUUUUGGGAAUAGGCGCCUGUCACAUUUUUAUUGGACACAACGAAUGCAAACACCUGGGGAUUGUUGUAUAGCUACCAACCAAACACCUGGCGGAAAUGGCCUCGCUACCUCUUAGAUGUGUCUUUGCUUUGGCUGUAGUGCAAGUGGUAUCAUCUUCUGGUGUGUUCGAGUUGAAAGUCCAUUCGUUCAACACUGCUCAGCGCAUAUGCAGAAGGCAUAGGGACUGUCACAUCUUUUUCAGAAUUUGUCUCAAACACUCAGAGGAUGUCAUCCAUGCGGAGCCACCAUGCACUUUUGGAACAGGACACACCAACGUCAUCCGCGCAGAUCAGACCUCAAUUUCCAGCAGCGCUCCUAUUAGAAUACCGUUCCAUUUUAAGUGGCCGGGAACAUUUUCGCUGAUCAUUGAAGCAUGGAACGCAGAAAUCCCUACAGAAUACACAGACAACCAAAACAACCUGGUCAGUCGCUUGGCUACCAGAAGAAGACUGGCCAUAGGCGAGGACUGGUCUCAAGACGUCCACUUCGGAGAGCAGAGCGAGCUGCGCUACUCCUAUCACGCAUUCUGUGACGAGUACUACUUUGGCGACAGCUGCGCCGAAUACUGCAGACCCCGCGACGACACUCUGGGCCACUACACCUGUGACGUGGAGGGGAACAAGCAAUGUCUGGAGGGCUGGAAGGGCAACUACUGUUCUGAUCCCAUCUGUUCGGCAGACUGCAGCGCGAGGCAUGGCUACUGCGAGGCCCCUGGGGACUGCAAGUGCAGAAUGGGUUGGCAGGGGCCCUCGUGCAACGAGUGUGUGCGCUACCCGGGCUGCCUCCAUGGCACCUGCGUCCAGCCAUGGCAGUGUGACUGCAAGGAGGGCUGGGGCGGCCUCUUCUGCGACCAGGACCUCAACUACUGCACCAACCAUCGGCCAUGUGCCAACGGUGCCACCUGUACCAACACAGGCCAGGGCAGCUACACCUGUAUCUGCCGCCCGGGCUACGGUGGCACCAACUGUGAGCUGGAGACCAACGAGUGCGACAGCAACCCCUGCAAGAAUGGAGGCAGCUGCAAUGACCUGGAGAACGACUACUCGUGCACCUGCCCCCAGGGCUUCUAUGGGAAGAACUGUGAGAUCAUCGCCAUGACAUGUGCCGAUGGGCCCUGUUUCAAUGGAGGCACCUGCAUGGAGAUGCUGACGGGGGGCUAUACUUGCCGUUGCCCUCCCACCUACACUGGCUCCAACUGUGAGAAGAAACUGGACCGCUGCAGCAACAGCCCCUGUCUGAAUGGUGGUGAGUGUCUAGACCUGGGUCAAAGCGUGCUGUGCCGCUGCCACUCUGGCUUUACCGGCGCCAACUGCCAGUUCAACAUCGACGACUGUGCUUCAGCGCCUUGCCAGAACGCUGGCACCUGCCAGGACGGUGUGGACGACUACACCUGCUCAUGCACACUGGGCUACGCCGGCAAGAACUGUAGCCUGCGCUCAGAUGCCUGUGGCCGUGGUGCCAGCGCCCAGCCCUGCCAGAAUGGCGGCACCUGCUUCACCCACUUCACGGGGCCCGUGUGCCAGUGCCCGCCUGGUUUCAUGGGACCCAGCUGCGAGUUCACGCUGCAGCCCAGCUUCCAUCCUGCCCCCCGACUGACCUAUAAACCUUCCUCCACCGCCCUCACAGCCUCCUGCGUCCUUGCGUUACUCGCCCUUGGCCUGGCGACGGGCAUUGUGAUGCUGCGGCGGCGCCGGCUGAGUGGCAGGAAGCAGCUGAACGACACGGCGGUGUUCAACGACCUGAAGACGGGGAUCAACCGCUUCCCCAGCGAGAGAGAGGCUUUCAUGGCGGCUAGUGGCCUGUUCAAGAUCAGCAACAGCGAUCCGCGCCUCAGCAUGGCAUCACUUGCAUCGCUUAGACCCACAGACGACAGGACGGGCCGAGGACUUGGGGGGGAGCGCCACUCAUUCUCCCCUGGACAGGACUACCUCUGGAGGGGGGACAGCGGGGCUGGGCGGAGAUGAGCCACUGGCCUGGACCCAAGAUGGACAGAAAAAGGAGACUGAACAGCCAAACACCUGGGGAGGGAGAGACAAAAACUGGGAGGAAGAACAAGGGAUCGUUAGCACUUAUUUUUCUCUCUUUUUGAAAUGUUAAGUGAAUGAAGAAAAACACAAACUGCUUGAAUGGUUGGAAAUGUGUUUGUUACACAUUUUGACAACAAAGAAAAAAUCUGUUGGAAAACAACCUUGUGUCAUGAAGAACAGUAAAUGACCUCUUGAAGUAUGGGAACUUCAGGAAAUCUCCUCAGAGAAAGGUCUUCCAUGUCAAAUAACCCAAAGAGAUGACUACCAAUACCACAUAACUACAUACGAUGGACACUGUCCUAUCAUUGCACUUGCUCCAACACAGUGAUAUUGACCAAAUGACUCUGGAAGAACCAUUUAAACCAAAUACAGGCAGACCUGAUUCUCUGACCUGUACCUUCUUGGAAGACAAUAGACUGUUAUCAAUGACCUUCAAGGAGAUGAAUAUAUUUGCUGUAUUGACUUUU